UGCUGUAUCUGGAGGCGUCCAGGCCGAUGCCUUGUCUUGACUCUUGACUCAAUUCCUCACCCAACUGCCAGAAUUAUUCCAAACCUUGAACUUGAAUUACCCUCGCCCUCCCGCCGGGAUAUGUGGCAGCAUUUCGCCCGUUCCCUUCCCAGCUUCAGCAUUGGAUUGAUACGACGGACGCAGGGCGCGUGGCCCUGAUAUACACCCCGCAUUCGCCAUGAUGUGGAGGCGGACGGAGAAGUUGAUGGACGCCAUCUCACAUUAUGCCACCUUUCCAGCAACCGGAGUGUCGCUGCGGCAGAUGGUGCAGUUCGGCGAGAAGCCGUCGCCAGGUACUCUCUUCCGAGCGUCGCAGUUCCUUUCGGAGGAGUUGCCGAUACGACUAGCGCAUCGCGUGGAGGAACUAGAGAACCUACCCGACGGGUUGAACGAGAUGCCUUCGAUCCGGAGGGUCCAGGACUGGUAUGCGCAGUCAUUCGAGGAAAUCACCGAGCUUCCAAGACCAUCGUUAUCUGCAGAAGUAAGGCAGCGUCUCUUGAAAGCGGGAAGGUCCACCGGAGCACGAGCGUCGGCGAUCUUGAGUCAAACGACACCCAACCCCAGUGUGAAGAAAGGCCAGUACCAAUCAUCACCGAAGAUAAACGACAAUGGAGAGAACAACCACAACGGAAACCACAACAAUGGACAUAGGGGGAUCGCGGCAUCUAGGCGAUACUAUGUCCCAGCGGAUGACGGGAAGGACUGGCCGCUCGAGAUCCAAACUUACAACCUCAAAUUCGCGGAGACCCUUGAGACAAUCAAACGACGGCAUGACAGUGUCGUAACCACCGUAGCCCAAGGCAUCCUGGAAUGGAAACGGAAGCAGCAACGGAUGCAAAUCGACCACAACAUCCAAGCCUUCCUCGACCGCUUCUACAUGUCCCGGAUCGGCAUCCGGAUGCUGAUCGGCCAGCACAUUGCCCUCACCGACCAGCGGCAACGACCUGACCCGAACUAUGUGGGCAUAAUCUGCACGAAGACGAAUGUGCGAGAACUGGCGCAAGAGGCGAUUGAGAAUGCGCGGUUCGUGUGCGAGGACCACUACGGACUGUUCGACGCACCGAAAAUACAGCUUGUCUGCCAACCGAAUAUCAACUUUAUGUACGUGCCGGGCCACCUGUCACAUAUGCUAUUUGAGACGUUGAAGAACUCCUUGCGGGCGGUGGUCGAGACGCAUGGACAGGAUAAGGAGGAGUUCCCCGUUACGAAAGUGAUCGUGGCGCAAGGGAAGGAGGACAUCACAAUCAAGAUCAGCGACGAAGGAGGUGGAAUCCCUAGGAGUUCGAUCCCGCUGGUAUGGACGUACAUGUAUACGACCGUGGAUCAGACACCGAAUCUGGACCCGGACUUCAACAAGAGCGAUUUCAAAGCACCAAUGGCUGGGUUCGGGUAUGGGUUACCCAUCUCGAGGCUGUAUGCGAGGUAUUUCGGUGGAGAUUUGAAGCUGAUCAGCAUGGAAGGAUACGGCACCGACGUCUACCUCCAUCUUAACCGCCUAUCCUCAUCUUCCGAACCCCUACAAUAGCAACUACCGAUCAUGAGGGGGCGGUCAAC